UAUCUCUGGAGCCAUAAUAGUACAAUUCUUUAUUCAAGGAUUGCGACCAGAAUAUGCUAUGAAUAUACAGGCUGCUAAACCUAAUGAUUUGAACUAUUCUAUAGAAGAGGCACCCUCUGAAGAUAAUACUAAUAGCAAUAAAAAUGACCAAGCUAUUGCUCACUUUACUGAACAAAUUGCCAAGCUCAAUAUUAAUCUCACCGAAAAACAACCUGCUAUUCCU